AUGAAUGAAAUGAAGCAGAAGAACAAAGGCAGCGGUGGCAUUCUGGCACAAGCAGCGGCCUUUGCAAAACGGGUCCGUGGCCAUGAGGGCAACGUCGUUGCUAGCGCUGUGUCGUUCGUGGAUCCCGAGAAUUGCUUGGUCAAAAUCCUCUAUCUGCUUUACAGAUUUACCGAUGAGGAUGACUUCCCCUACCUGCCCAGAAAGCUUGGCACGUGUGAUAUUGGGUGGUCAUUUUCCCUUGGCCAGACAGCAGGAGGGGGCCUCUUUGACUGA